UUUUACGAUAAUGACUAGUGAAAUUCACUCAUUUUUUGAUAACAAGGAUUAAUAAAAAAACAAGAUUUGGACAAAGUUUUGCAAGAAUUUCCAUAAAGUAAAGUAUUUGAACAAGUGUAUAGAAUGAUAUAAUAGAAUAUGAGACUGAAUGCAAUCGCCUAAGUCGAGCUCAUAAGAAAUUAAAGCCAUUUAGUAUUUAAAUAGGUUAGGAAAGUUUAUAUGCCUUUAAAAACUAAUAACCAUAAGGAAUGCUGUAACUAACAGUUGUAAUAAUGUUAUUUAAACGAUUUGAUGAUAAAGAGAUAAUUAGAUUACAAAGACAUGGCUAAUAUGUGGAUAUUUAUUUAGAAAACCUGGAAGAAUUGAAAAAAGUUCUCAGUACUAAAUGCAUGCUCACAAGUUUUCAUGAUGAUUUUAGUGUUCUAAAAAUGAUUGGUAAAGGAAGUUUUGCAAAUGUUUAUUUGGCCUCAAGAAAUACAAAUGGUGUUCAAUAUGCAGUUAAAGCUUUUAGCAAACUAUUUAUUCAUGGAUAAUUUAGGGGUAGAGAAGGUUUAGAAAAUGAAAUAAGAGUAAUGAGAAGACUGAAUUAAGAAAAUAUUCUGCGUUUAUAUGAAGUAUAUGAAACUCAAAAUUCAAUUUAUUUUAUUUUGGAUUUAUUAGAAGGGGGAGAAUUAUUGAAGAGAGCAUAAACUACAAUAUAUUCAGCUUAAAAAAUUUAACAAUUAAUGUAUAAUUUAUUAAAAGCUUUAUAUCAUAUGCAUUAAAAAAAAUGUAUGCAUAGAGAUUUGAAACCAGAAAAUUUAUUAUUAAAAACAAAAGAUAAUGAUACAGAUGUUAUAAUAGCUGAUUUUGGAUUAGCACAUAUAUUGGAUUAAUAACCGCUUUAUAAAAGAUGUGGAACUCCAGGAUUUGUAGCACCUGAAGUAUUGAAGUACAAUGAUUAUGGUCCUUUUUAUAAUGAAAAAUGUGAUGUUUUUAGUGCAGGAAUUAUAUUUUAUAUGAUGAUUACUGGUACACAACCUUUUUUAGGAUCAGAUUAUAAAGAAAUAUUAUAAUCAAAUAAAAACUGUCAAAUUAAUUAUGAUAUUAAAUAGAUAAUGAAGGUAUUUAAAUUUCUAUUAUUUUAAGGGACCUUAAAAUCUGAAAAAUUUAUUAAAGAAAAUGCUAAAGUCUGAUCCUAUUGAUAGAUAUUCAACAGCAGAAUGUUUGAAACAUGAAUAUUUUUAGGAAAUCUUUAAUUCAGAUGAUUUAUUAUAUACUAAGGAGAAUUUAAAAAAAUAUGAAUCAGAAUUUAAGUCUACAUUAUUAAGAAAGAAGUAUUGAAGUGUUUUAUUUUUAGUUCUCAAGAAAGUCAAGAAGGGUCAAUGUUAUUGAUGAGCAAAUAAUAAUAAUGGAAUGGUUAAACUGAAACAAUUGGAUCAUUAUCUAAUUGCUCAAAUUAAAGUGCUAAUAAUAAAAUUGAUAAAUAAUAGACUAAUCUUUCUAAAUUCAGUUAGUUUUGUUCUUAAAUGAAGUAAGAAGGAUUAUCUCCAAAUAAUGUUAUUUCUUCAAGAAAAAAAAACAAUUAAGAUCUACACAAAUUUGCAUUAAAAAAUAGCUAUCAAUAAAAGUAAAUAAGUAAAGAUGAUGAUUUUGUUAUUGAUGAUGAAUAAACUACCAUUACUAAAUAAUUAAAUAAAUUAAAUACUUAAUCACCUAAAAUGGGGUUUUUAAAAAAAAGUUAAUCAUUAGGAGUAGAUUGA